CGCUAAUAUCGCCUAUCGCGGAGUUUCGCUUUCCGGAAUUUGGAUUUUCGUAGUUACUAAGAGGUUAUGUAGAUAAUUAAGAAAAUAUUUUUAUUUAAGUGCAGUGCAGUGCUAUUUUUAUUGUUUUGGUUAAAUCGUAAAAAUGGAAAACAGAAGAGAGACUUUAAGUUUUGUGAAAAUAUGUCGCUUUUGCCUCACGCAAAACAGGCCUCUAGGAAGUUUGUAUGAGAAAAGCAAACCAAGAAACUUAGUUACUCUUCCAUUAAAAAUUUUAACAAGCGUAUCAAUUGAGGUACUCCCAUCAGAUAAAAAGCCUACAUAUAUAUGUGACAGAUGCAAGUUCUUCAUGAAUAUCUUCUAUGAAUUUAAGCAUGUAGUCCGCCAGGCUGAUGAAUCUAUCCUACAAUAUGUACAAAAUGGUGCAGCGUUGGGGACAGUCAACUGGCCUUCUUCUCUUACUAAAAUAUUCCGUCACAUAACUGACUCAGAAUCAGUUAAAACAGUGGUCGAAGGCGGAGCAACUAUUCAAGUUACAUCUCAUGAUAUUUCUGACACUGAUGAAGAAGAUGGGAAUGUUUACAAUGUCAAGAUUGGAGAUGAUGAAGAUUCAAAAGCUUGUGUCAAAGUCGUAACAAGCAAGGAUACCAAAGCUAAAGACAAUGCAAGGGGUAAAGAUACUCCCAUUAUUGAGGACAUUAAGGAAGAAAAGCCCAUAGAAGAAGGCUGCUAUGCAUGUGAUGAGUGUGACUGCACCUAUCCAUUGGAGCAGCUGCUCAACUUGCACAAGAUUCAGAAACACAGGACCAGGGAUGUUGCUUGUGACCAUUGUGACGCUAAAUUUUACACAAAGUAUGAUUUAGCAGCGCAUCAGGUGCGACACCAAUCAGAUAUGCCAUUCCAGUGUAUCGCCUGUGGCAAGAAGUUCAAGCGACUGAUUUUACUCAAGCGCCAUGAGAAGAUGAUACACCCUGAUUUACCUCAACUAAUGUGUCUGAACUGCCCAGCCACAUUCCUAUCCAUUGAACAGUUGAAUGCACAUCAAAAGAAGCAUGUUCGCGUACCAAAGCAUCAAUGUACGCAGUGUGAUAAAAAAUUCCACGACAAAUCAGCACUGAUAAGACAUAUAGAUAUAAUACACAACAAAGAAGCUACACUGUGCUGCGAAUACUGCCCGGAGCGUUUCGGGUCAAUAACUAAAUUGGCGCGGCAUGUGAGAACGCAUGUUGGCGAACGGCCCUACCCUUGCAAGUAUUGUGGGAAGAGCUUCACGAAAUCUCAUCAUUAUACUAGACAUAUCCGCAUAAAACAUGGCGGCCAGGCUCGCUCUGGCUCCAGUACAACUGGACUGGAGCAGUAUCGCUGCGACCAAUGCGAAGACGUGUUCGACGCGCAAGACGACCUCAUAUACCACUCUGCGAUACAUGCAACCCAGAACCUCAUCUGUCCGCUCUGUCAGGAGAAGUUUGAGGACGUGGAAGCUGUCACUGCUCACAUCAAAUCGCAUGUUAACGGUGUAGAGUUUAUGUGCGACUACUGUGAACUAAUUUUCACAUCACAGGAAAAGCUUGAUAACCAUGUGAUGUCGGUACACGAAGACGAAGUUCAGCAUGAAAUAAAUGAUGAGUCCUCGAUGGAAAUGGAGGGAGAAGAGGAUGAUGACGAUAUUGCAAUAAAUGUGAAAGAAGAGGGUGAUGACAUGAUAAUCGAAAUAAAGAAACCUGAUAAUUACCUCGUAAAUGACAAAGACGAUAUGGAGGAGAAAAUUAACAACACAAACUCUGAAGAGAGUGAGAGCGAAGUGACGUACACGGAACUACAAACAGUGGACACACUCGCUAUACUGACGAAGGAUGCGACAGUGAAACCGGCGACGCCAGAAAAGACGCCGGAAAAGACAGCCGUCACCACUCCGACCACGGAUAGUAUCAAAAUUGUCAGCAAAACCAUCGAUAAUCAGACGUCAAAUAUACUGCGAAAAGCUGAGGAAAUAAAACGCAAGGUGCCUCAAUCUCCAGAUGCAAGUGACGCAGUGGUCAUAAAAAAAAGUAAACCAGUCCCAAAAGCUGAGAGCGGUAACAGCAGUGGUGCGAGCGACAAGUCUCUGCGCUUACUAGAAAAGGAACUGCAAGAUCUUAAGAGAACAAACAGUCGGAACACGGAAACCGGUAAAGCCUCCUCUAACAAAGUCCUAGAAACAUUGAAAACUAAACGGCCACAGUUCCAAACUUCUACUCCUAAAUUAAGAAGCGCCGAGGAAAGGAAACAAAUUGUGAACAAGCCAGUCUCUGUAGAAAAGAAGCAACCAGAGAAACGUAUAGUAACCAAAGAGAAUAAAGAACCAAAAGAAACCAAGGAGGUUAAAAAUAAUAAUGGUAAUUCUAAAGAAGAAAAAGAUAACAAGGAGAAAGAUAAAGACAACAAUGAAAAAGAUGUAAAAGAAAAAGAAAAGAACACAGAAAAGGAGAAAAACACAGAAAAAGAUAAAGGAAAGGAAACGCCAAAGAGUAUAAUCAAAAACGGAUCAGCAACUGAGCGAAACAGUACAGAUGAAGGAGUCGUCCGUCGGUCCACGAGACCGUCCAAGAUCAAGGACUACGCGAAGAUGAUACGCGACAGGACACAGGUCGACGCUUCUGAUGACGAUGAGACCACGGAAGACGAUGAGGACUAUCGUGAACCGGAUAGAAGCACUGAGAGUCGCAGAGGACGUCGUCCUGCGCAGCCGGCGAAAGUUGUUCCACCAGUUGUUAAGACACCGCCCGCGGCGACUCCUGCCAAUCCUCCACGAAAACGCGGCCGCCCGCGAAAAGAAAACAAAGAAGUGCCUGUAAAAAUUAAGAAAGAAGAGUCAGAAGAAACUGAGCAAGAAUCAAACACAACAGUUUCAGAAAAGGAAGAAAAAACUAGUCUCAAUGAAGCAAGUGUGACGGACAAUGAUCAGAAUGUAAACAAGACUCCAGAACCGACAAAUACUCCUACGGAUGUAUUAGUCUCCCCUACAGGACAAACGUUGAAAAAGGUGCCAGUCAGAGCAUUACCGCCAGGAGUAAAAGCGAUGCCCCUACCAGCCAAUGCUAGACCGAUGGCCGCUGGAGAGCUUUGCGAAAUGCAAAUAGGAAAGAAAGUUGUGAAGGUGCAGAAAAUAGUCAUGACCAAAGCUGAAGUGGAAGCAAUGGCUAAGAAAGGUCUUGUCGAAAUGAAGGAUGGUACAAUGGUGUUAAAGCAAGGUAUAAAACUUCCGACCGCCACAGAUGCUACUACAGUUAAAUCUACGUUAAUGGGCGAUGGAGGUAAACAACUAGCAGAUUCAGGUAAAGAAUCUUCCAAAAAAGAAAAAGCAGCACCAACUCGCUGCGACCUUGGUGAUGAAGCAUAAUCUAAUUACACUUUAUCAUAUUUUACACUAAUGCUAUUUUAUUAUAAGGGUAAUCAAUAAACACUAUUAUUAGACUAAUGUUUUUUUAUUUACGUCGGGUUCCUGCAUUCAAUCUAUCUGUAACCUAUCAAUGGUCACCUAGCAUGUAGCAGAUCUGUCAAAAAAGACCAUAUUUCUGUCGAAAAUUGCGACAAAAAUAAUGUCGAUAAAUAACAUAUCGACGUCAUAUUACAGGUAGACUUACUAUAGGAACCUGAGGAUAGUACAUAUUAAGUGAGAUUAGAGAAAUCCACAAUUGAUUUUUAUGUUAUUUUAACCUUGCAUUAUUAUAGAUCUUUAUUAGUGACAGUGAUUACAAUGAAAUGUUUGUCUUUACACCAUCGGAUGUUUGUUUACAUUUACAUUUAGUGUUAUGUUUUAUGAAUUAUUUAAUAGCAAAAUCUUUUUAGUGUCACAGACUUCCUUUAAUAAAUCGAUAUUAAAAGGUAGUUUUAGAAAAUAAGCCUACAUGUUUCACAUUUAUAUUAUUAGUGGAUAAAAUAAGAUAGAAAUUCCAGUUUGAAUUAUUUUAUUUUUUAUAUAUAUUUGUAUAAUAUGUUUGUCUUGUAAAUUAAGAAGAUUGUAUAACUUAAUAAAUACAUAAUAAAAAGUGAAA